AUGUGCAUAUACAUCCAAGAGAUACCCCUCUGCGGGCACCCAACCCGAUCUCUCCUCUUCUACACCAGCUGCUCCGCCGUCCACUCCCAGCUGAUGCGCAUCACCGAGCCCGAAGCCUGGGAGCCCGCCAACCUCGCCGGUGUCCCCUUCGACCUGCCCGGCGACUGCGACCCGCGGCCCGGGAAUAUCUGGACCUUGUACUCAGAUGACUACUGCGGGUGGGAGUGCCGAAAUAAUGCGUAUCUCCCGCGGGACAUGGGGCCAGUGGUGGUUGCGGCAGCGGCAGUGGAAGGCCUCGGGGGUGUUGGGCAGCAUGAUGUCGGGUUUGGGGUGGGAUUCCUGCCGGCUUAUGUCCCUGGCGAUGAGGAUCAGGAGGAGGAGGGCCGGUUUGGGCCUCGACAGCGCGGAUUGCAGCGUCCUGGUGGGCCCAAGGCGCCCAUGGUACUCGGCAUGCCGGAUGCGCGGUAUGGUCCUGGGAGCGAGAGGCCGGGAAUCAGCUGGCGAGGCGUCUGA